AUGAUAUUCAUUAGACGAUCUGUACUUACUACUGUAACAUUACUAGGAAUAUUAACCGUCAUUUAUUUAAUGACAACUUCCAAUUCCACUUCAAUUGAACAAUCAUUAUCAAAUAUUUCCAACCUUUCCAAAGAAGAUGUUUUGAAAUUCACUAAACAAGAUACAAAUCCUCCAUCAACACCAGAUCUUAAAAAAGAUGAAAUUGUUUCUGAAGACAGUAAUGGAGAUGAACAACAGGUUGAAUUUACUGAAACUCCAUUUAUGCCUAAAAUGGCCAAUGAAACUUUGAAAGCUCAACUUGGUAAUGCAUCUUGGAAAUUAUUUCAUACUAUUUUAGCAAGAUAUCCUGAUAAACCAACUGUUCAAGAACGUAAUACAUUAGAAAAUUAUAUUCAAUUGUUUGCUCAAGUAUAUCCUUGUGGUGAUUGUGCUCGUCAUUUCCAGAAAUUAUUAAAGAAAUAUCCACCUCAAACAAGUUCAAGAAAAACAGCUGCUUUAUGGGGAUGUCAUGUUCAUAAUAUAGUUAACGAGAAGUUACAUAAGGAUGAAUAUGACUGUACCACCAUCUUGGAAGAUUAUGAUUGUGGAUGUGGUGAUGAUGAAAAGGAAAAGGAUUACACUUUAAAAGGAGAAAGUAUGGAACAUUUAAGACAAAUUAAGAUUGACGAAAAGAAAGAUAUUCAAAAAGGUGGAUAA